GUAAAGUUUUACCUUAUCUUGGUAUCCAUAUUCCUUAUCCAUAAACAUGGUAUUAAAAAAAACGGAGGAAAGGGACCUCCCUAGCCCUAGAAAGAAGCAAAGAUGAUAAGGCAGCUUCCCCUCCCGAGGGCAACAACAACAACAAUAAGCCAUGAUACAAUCACUUCAAUUCUUGCCCUAUCGCAACCAGUAAAUAGUGCAUUACAAUGCCCUAAAGCUUCGCGUACCUGGAGGUGCAGCGCUCGAAUCCCGACCGCUCCAAAAUGCUGCAAUGCCCGCGCUCACUGCACCAGAAGAUUGCUUCUUCAAGGGCCCGGCCUGCUGCUGCUAUCCACGGCAUUCUGUGGCUCAAAAAAGCCGGCCUUUGCAGAGGAAGAAGAGCAAACCGUAACCCUCACCAGUCAGAGACUCGAAACCGUGACCUGCGACGAGCUGGAGGUUACGAAGAAGGUGUAUUUGGACGUAGCAAUUGACGGCGAAGCGGCCGGUCGCAUCGUCAUAGGACUGUUCGGCAACGAUUCCCCCAUUGGCGCCUCGCGAUUUGCAGAGCUGGCCGCUGGAAAGCGUGGCGUAGGGUACAGGAAAAAGGAAUUUGUAAAAAUAACCCCCUCGUAUAUACAGAAUGCUGGCAUACGGUCAUAUGGCGUGGAUGCCGAGAUCGCUAAGCGUAGCCUUUUGGCUGAUGAGUUAGUGGAGGAAAGUGUGGGGUUGGAAAAGAGGUGCAAGGGGUUCAAGACUUUUGAGGGGGCAGUGAGUCUUAUUGUUAGGGACCCUUCUAAACCACCCUCACAAAUAAAGUUGGUGGCCAAGGGGGGCAAGAUUGAGGUGCAAGAGGAAGAGGUGAAGCCAGAUCCUAAUGGAACUGAGUUUGUGAUUGCAACCAAAAGUGUUCCUCAAUUGGAGGUUAGCACUUUGCUUGUUGGGAAAGUGGUGGAUGGAAUGGAUGUUGUAGCAAAGAUGGCUAAUGUCAAGGCAGUGCAAGAGAAUACAGGAUCACCAUAUUUCCAGGUGGCAAAGUUGAUUGGUGAUAAGAGAGCAAUUGUGGCAGAAAGAGGAUUCAAUAGGCCCUAUUCCAAAAUCGUCAUCACCAAAUGUGGAGAAUUGACUUAGGAUAUAAUGGAGAAAUGCACAAAUUUUCUUUGAGAAUGCUUUCAUUACAAGGAGCGAUGUAUGUAUUGGAGGUAUUCUUCACAAUAAACUUGUAUGUAUUGGAGGUAUUCUCCACAAUAGUCUUUUAUGUAUUGGAAGUAUCCUUCACAAUA